AUGCUUCCUGAAUACGUUGUUGAUUCCAUCAUCGACGGCAACCGAGAUCUCGCAGCUCGGAUGGGGUGUGACGCUCGCUCUCUGUUCGUGUCGAGGAAGUCCCCUUUGAUCUCCAGGAUCUCGAGUUUCGACUCGAAAGCACUCUCUGCACUAGAGAUAGGAACUUUUGCCCGGCGCUGCGGAGACGUUACUGUACUGUUUUGCGACGUGGCCGAUUUCCCGCAAUUGGUCGCUGCACUAACGCCGAAGCAGCUCAUUUUGAUACUGCAUCGACUAUUCAGCAAGAUAGACAAACUGGUGUUCGUCCACGCUUUGACUAAGCUCGAAACGGUCGCCGAGUCCUAUGUUGUCUGCAGUGGGCUGAACCCUGAUAGCGACUCGUCAGAUCGCGUUGUGUCGAAGGAUGCCUUUCGAACAGUACUCUUGGGUCUGGAUAUACUGGACAAUACUGCUUACAUAAAUGUGUUAACUGAAACUGACCACGAGAACUUGGCUACUGGUUCCCUUGCGGAGGUCACCCCGAUAGCCCUCGUUAUGAAAAUUGGCAUUCACACCGGUCCGGUCAUCUCCGGCGUGGUCGGGUCGAGAAGGCCGCAGUUCUGUAUAUUCGGGGAUACCAUCAAUACCGCCUCGCGCAUGAAGUCCACUGCAGUUCCUAAUUGUAUUCACCUCUCUGCGAGCACGCGGAAGUGCUUGGAGUUCUCUCCAAGCCUGUCUUUCGAGGAGCGUGAGACAUUCGUCAAAGGUAAAGGUAUGUUGGUAACCUACAAUGCCUCGCGGGCUGUUGGACCACUGCAAGAUGCUGGUGUAUCAUCUCCUACAGUAUCGAGGGCAGAGUCUUCAGCCGCCGCGAUUAGCAUUCCCAUUGGGGAGAAGGUGGGGAGACUGGCGUCUUCUCUAAAGCGUUCUCGGUCUAGUGCUAGUGCACCAUCAGUCAGCGCCUCAGCCACCCUUGCUGAGAGGCUUUCUGCAGGCAUCAAGCGGUUUGUAUGGAGGAGUAGGAGGACGGUGCGAACCUCUGUUAACGACACUGACCACUCUUCCGUCCAUUCGGGUGAUGAGGAAUAUGUGAGCUACACUGACAGUUCGGCUCACUACGACGAGUCUCGCGAUGUAAAGAUGACAGUUGAGGCCCUGAGACGCCGCAGCAAAAGUCGUGAUGCUAACGUGAGGCAUGUCAUCGAGUAUACCGAUCUCGGCAGAGACAGGGCCAACCUGUUCACUCUGGAAUUCCUACAGAGAGCUCAUGAGAUCGAGUUCGCAAAGAACAUCUUGCGACAUUGCCAACCUCUAAAUGGACGCGACGUGUUUUAUUGA